AUGAAUGUGGCCCUGAUUCAUGACAAAUAUUCAAUAAAAAAUUUCUGGGAGCAGAAAAUUGAAAAUCACUAUCUGAUGACUGAGAAUGAAGAGACAAGGAUGAAGAGCAGCGCUUUGGCUAAGCUGCGUGGUGAGUGGACCAAUAGGCUGGAGAGCCGAACAAAACACCUGAAGAAAGUGAACGAGGAGAAUCUGAGGAAGGCCAGACCUGUCCAGACGGCAGAUCAAGCCUAA